ACGUUAGAAGUUUGAACCCGAACACAUGACCCGAAUCCACACCACAUGUCAACAUGACAACAUGCCAGCCAUUCUGCCAAAAACAUUCUUCAACUCUUGACUCCCUCACUCACUCCCAUUCUGCAUCUCAACCCCCAACAAAUUCUCGGAAUUUCUGAAUCCCAAUUCAACACCCUUUAAACAAACCCCUUAAAAUCACUGAUUCCAUCAUCAGAUGAUCACAAACAAAUGGCAAAAAGAAGAUGGCUCACUUUAAUCAAGAGGUUUUUCAUCUCAGAAACCUGUCAAAAUAGAUCAAAGGAGAAGAAGAUACGGUGGGUGUUUGGGAGGCAUAAACUGAAGAGGUUAACUUCUCAAUCAGCAGUUAUUGAGAGACCAAAAUCAGCUGAAAAGAAGGUGAAACCUCAAGUUGUUGUUGUGGUUCAAGAAACUGAUGAAUCUAUACAAGUGUUGGUUGAUGAUGGUAAUGCUGCAGCAAUCAAGAUUCAGACGGCUUUUCGGGGGUUUCUUGCAAGGAAAGCACUAAGAGCAUUAAAGGGAGUAGUAAGACUACAAGCUAUGAUUCGCGGGCAUUUAGUUCGACACCAGGCGGUCACAACUCUUAAACGUUUGCAAUCGGUUGUCAACAUUCAAUCACAAACACGUGCCAAGAGAAUCCAAGUGGCAAACUGCAGUUGUCAUGAUAAUUAUCAAGAACAUAGAGGAAAGGAUAUAAAGAAUGUGCAGAUCGAUAUGAACAGUCAGAAAAGGUGGGAUGACAGCAUUUUAACCAAGGAAGAGGAGGGUGCUAUGUUGUUUGGUAAGAGAGAAGCAGCUAUGAAGAGAGAGAGGAUUAGAGAGUAUGCAUUGAGCCACAGGAUGUCUACAGAAUCUGAACAAAGCAAAGUGAAUAUGAAAUGGCGGUACUGGUUAGAACGCUGGGUGGAUACCGAAUUAGCCAAAAGAGAAGAUCUACAAAAUCUCGGAAAAUCCGAAGACUUCGAAAGUCAAAAAGUCAAACUACGGAAUCUGAAGCUAACCGACACACCAAAUCAUCAUCUCCCAAGAACAACCCGUCACAGGAAACAACGUUCCAUUGGAGAAGAACAUUUGGGUUCACCCGUGUUCCCCACUUACAUGGCUGCAACCGAAUCCGCACGAGCCAGAGCGAGAGCCAGAUCAUUGAGCUCACCACGGCUAAGACCAUUAAGUGUUGAUACUUGGUCUGCAAGUAACUCUCCGUAUAAGCAAAAGCUGUUGUCUCCCAUCUCUUCUAUUAAUAGUGAUGCAAGCAGCAUUAGUCAGGUUUGGAAUGCUAACAGGCGGGUUGGAUAUUCUCAGAGAUCACCAAGCUUAAACGGGUUUACGGGUCAUGUGAAAGCAAGCAAAAGUUCAAAAAAUCUCAGCUUUAGUUCAGAGUCUUCAAUGCCAAAUUGGGAUCAGAUUGGCAAUUUAAGAUGAUCCCAUAUGGAUCCAAGAAUAAGGUGUUGAUAUAUAUUUUUAUUAUAUUAUAUUAUUAUAUCUAGUGACGGGUUUUUUUUUUUUUUUUGUAUUUUCGUUAAUUUAAAUGAACUUUCUCAUGAAUUUAUACUUA